CAAACGUCGCAAACGAGUGAUGAAAACAUUAAUCGAGAAACCGUUACCGUAAGAUGAUGCAUACUAUUUCCACAACAUAAUUAUUUAAAACAUUUUUCCAUCAACGCUGAACCGCUGACCGCGCCGCACGAAAACGUCCGGUUAAUUGUUCAUCUAUUAUCCACUACAAAAGGUUACUAUAAUUUUAUGACUGCGCAUCACAAUUUUUAUUAUCGUCUUACAUGAUUUAUGCACAAUAACGUUUCCGCUUUGUGGUCAUUGAUGGUCGAACGCGUUCAAAAGAUCCUGUAAUAUAGUAAUAUUUUGUUGACAAUAGUCCACAACAAUCGACUAAAAGUACAAUGUUUUCCCUGAGUUUGUUCAAUGACAUACUUCGACCGUUCAACACAACAUACAGAUGCUGGUCAGUAUCAAUGUUACCUGGCAGUGAACGAGAAGAUGUUGAACGUGGUGGAAAAAUUAUAAUGCCCCCGUCUGCUCUGGAUAUAUUGACUCGGUUGAAUAUCAACUACCCGAUGUUGUUCAAGUUAACUAAUAAAAGAAGCAACAGACAGACUCAUUGUGGUGUAUUGGAGUUCAUUGCAGAUGAAGAAAAAAUUUAUAUUCCUUAUUGGAUGAUGAAAAACUUACUGCUAGAUGAAGGAGAUAUGGUGCAAGUUGAAAGUGUUUCAUUAGAAGUAGCCACGUUCUCAAAAUUCCAACCUCAAAACUCUGAAUUUCUGGAUAUUACUAAUCCAAAGGCUGUCUUAGAAAAUUGUUUGCGAAAUUUUGCUUGUCUAACUACUGGCGAUGUAAUAGCCAUAAAAUACAACCAAAAAAUUUAUGAAAUGUGUGUGUUAGAAACCAAACCAGGAAACGCAGUUAGUAUCAUUGAAUGUGAUAUGAAUGUUGAGUUUGCUGCACCAGUUGGUUAUCAAGAACCUAAACAUGAAAAAAAACCUACUGCUGAAGAGAUGAUGGUUGAUCCUGCUGAUUUAAUGCCAGAACCAACAGGUUUCAUAGCGUUUAAAGGUUCAGGCAAUCGAUUAGAUGGUAAAAAAAAGAAAGAAAAUCCUGAUGAUCAAUUGAAUCAAGCUAAAGCAGCAUACCAAAGAGGUAUUCCAGAUUAUAAUUAUUCCAUCGGAACUGUGCAGUUUUUAAGAAAUAUUCGCCAUGUGACUAAUGACAAUGAGAAUGAAAAUCAAGAAGGAUUCAAACCAUUUGCAGGUUCUGGAUCAGUACUAAAAACCAAAAAGAAAAAAAAAUAAAAUAAUUGUUUUUUUAAGCAUAUACAUUUUUUUAAAUAAUUCUCUAUUUAAUA